AAACGGAAUGCUUACAACGAAGGUCACACUGCAGAACAUCGACCUCUAAAGACUCCUAUUGCCUGAGGAAGAAGCCUGGAAGAGGAAAGAAAAGGAGUCAGAAAUGGCUCUUUCUCAGGCACCGUUGACAUUCAAGGAUGUGGCCAUAGAAUUCUCUCGGGAGGAGUGGGAAUGCCUGGACCCUGAUCAGAAGGCCUUUUAUGUGGAUGUGAUGUUGGAGACCUACAGCAACCUGAUCUCCCUGGAUAUCUCUCAUAUACAUGUGAUCAAGAAAUUACAACCAAGAGCAAACAGUGAUAGAGGAGAAGUAUUCCAAACAGUGAUGUUGGAAAGACAGAAAAGCCAUGAAAUGAAACAUUUUUACUUCACGGAAAUCCAGGAAGAUGACUUUGGGUGUCAGUGGAAGGAUGAUGAAAGAAAUUACAAAGGAAUGUCUGUAGCCUGUAAGGAAAAUGUAAUUCACAGAAGAGAUCGACAUAGUAGGUGGAAUUCAGGAAAGAAGCCCAUUGAAAAUAGGCUUACAUUAAGCUUUCAGGAUGAAUUGCAUGUAUUUAAGAACGAUAUUUACAAAUGUAAUGAGUGUGGCAAAGCCUUUAAUCAUGGCUCAUCCCUCCGCAGACACCAGAUAAUCCAUACGGGAGAGAAGUUAUAUAAAUGUGGGGUAUGUGGCAAUGUUUUUCGUCUAAAGUCACACCUUGUAAGUCAUUGGACAACUCAUACUCGUGAGAAAACUUACAAAUGUAAUGACUGUGGCAAAAGCUUUAAUCAUGGCUCAUCCCUCCGUAGACAUCAGAUGAGCCAUACCGGAGAGAAACUGUAUAAAUGUGAUGUAUGUAGCAAAGUGUGUAGUCAGAAUUCCUCCCUUAAACGUCAUCAGAGGAUUCAUACCGGAGAGAGACCUUACCAAUGUAAUGAGUGUGGCAAAACCUUUAAUCGUGGCUCUCACCUCUCCACACACGAGGUAAUCCAUACAGGAGUGAAAUUAUGUAAAUGUGAUGUGUGUGGCAAAGUCUUUAGUCAAAAUUCAUGCCUUAGAAUCCAUCGGAGAAUUCAUAACGGAGAGAAACCUUACAAAUGUAAUGAGUGUGGUAAGGUCUUUCGUCAAAAUUCACAUCUCGGAAGACAUCAGAGAAUUCAUACUGGGGAAAAACCUUACAAAUGUAAAGAGUGUGGCAAGGUCUUUAAUCAAUAUUCAAAUCUUGCAAGUCAUCAGAGAAUUCAUACUGGAGAGAAACCUUACAACUGUAACGUGUGUGGCAAGGUCUUCAGUCAAAAUUCAAAUCUUGUAAGUCAUCAGAGAAUUCAUACGGGAGAGAAACCCUAUAAAUGUAACGAGUGUGGCAAAUUCUUUAAUCAAAAGGCAUACCUUACAAAGCAUCAGAGAGUUCAUAAUGAAGAGAAGUCUUACAAAUGUAAUGUGUGUGGCAAGGUCUUCAAUCGAAAUUCAAAUCUUGAAAGUCAUCAGAGAAUUCAUACUGGAGAGAAACCUUACAAAUGUAAUGAGUGUGGCAGGUUCUUUUCUCAAAAGCCAAACCUUGGAAAGCAUCAGAGAGUUCAUACUGGAGAGAAAUCUUACAGAUGUGAUGAGUGUGGGAAGGUCUUCAGUCGAAAUUCACUUUUUGCAAUUCAUCAGCGAAUACAUAAUGUAGAGAAACCUUUCAACUUUAAUGGAGUUGAAAUGCCUUUACUCUGAUCUCAACCCUCACUAAGUAUCUGAUAAUUUAUACGUGAGAGAAACCAUGUAAAUGUGACAUAUGUGGGAAGGUCUUCAUUCAAAAUUUACACCUUACAAUUCAUUGGAGAAUUUAUAGUGGGGAGAAGCUGAGCAAACGUCAUGAAUAUGGCAAAGAUUUUGUGCCUGCAAGCCUCACUUUCUAUCAGAUAAUCCGUAGUGGAGAGAAACCUUACAAAUGUAAUGAGUAUCUCAACGUCUUCAGUCCAAAUUCAUACCUUAAGAUCUGCCAGAUACUUUAUACUGGAGAAAAUCUUUUCAAAUAUAAUGAGUGUGGCAAAUCCUUCAGUGUUCUGUCAAGCCUAACUUACCAUCAGGUAAUCCAUACUGGUGAGAGACUUUAAUAAUACAGUGAUAUGACAAGGCUUCUAUCAGGCAUCCACAUCUUACGCUUCAUUAGAAAAUUCAUUCUGAAUAGCAACCAGAUAAAUGCAUUUAUUGUGGCCAGGCCUUAAGAGGAGAAAUUUAUUAAUUAAAGAACUCAUUCUGGAGAUUACCUCACAAAUGCCACGAAUGUGAAAUAAUAAUCUUAUUUCUCAGGUAAGACAGUUUAUAUUUGUGAGUGACAGACCACCUGGAGAACAGUGACCAAAAAGAAGUGGGAGCGUCAUCCUUUUCACCUAACAGAAGUCCAGAGGGUGUAGUGUGGGGUGUGAUGGGUCCUCUGCUCCUUCUUCAACCAUGAGCACUUGGUCCUCACCUUCCUAUAGUAACAUGACUGCUGUAUGACUGAGAAGGGUGAAGGUGGAGGGCAAAAAGCCUUUUCAUUUUAAGAUUCUGUCUUGUUUUCAUGGAAACAUUCAUCCCAGAUAUAUUCUCUUUGGGUCAUGCUCUUGUGACCUGUCUGAGAACUCUGCAUCAAGUUCUGGAUUCUGAAGAUUUUAUUCUAUACCGUUUUUCCUAAAUCUCUUAUAGAAUAAAGUUUUAAACUUUAUUUUAAAGCUUUAACUUUGAGCUAAUAUUUGUACAGAUGUAAAGUUUAAAUGGAGAUCUCUUUUUUUUUUCUUCUUUGAAUAUUUCAUUGAUUAGCACCAGUGUUGGAAAGUCCUUCCUUCAUUGAAUUGGCUGAGUACCUUUGUCAGAAAGUGGUUGGAAGUACACUUGACCUUUGAACAAGGCAUGGAGUUAGGGUUUUAGACUCAUGACCAGUUGUAAAUUAACGUAUAACUUAAUGUUGUCGCUCUCUAUCCGUGGUUCCACAUCCUCAGAUUCAACUGGCCACAGAUCCUGUAGUACUUUGGAAAAAAUGCCCAUAUAAUUGAAUCCACACAGCUCACACCUGUGCUGUUGAAGGGUUAACGGCACUGAAGUAGGGCUCUUUCUGGUUUCCACAUUCUGUUCCAUUAGUAUAUUUUGUCUGUCACUGCACAAAUCCCACCCAGUCUUGAUAACUGUCACUAUAUUAGAAAUCUUGAGGUCAUGUGGAGUGAUUCCAGCCACUUCAGUAUUUUUCAGGUAUUUUAGCUCUUCUAGUUCUUUUGCCUUUCCCUAUUAUUUUUAGAAAAAUCUUGUUUGAAUCUACAGAAAUCUUGAUUGAAAACACACUAAACCUGUAUGUCAAUUUGGGGCAUUUUAAUAUAAUUCCUAUGUUGUGUCUUCCAGUCAAUCUGGUAUAUUUUGUUAACAAUUCAAUGAAUAUGGUAUGUUUCGCUCAGAUGACCUAAAUAGAAGGUCAUUUUGUUUCAUUAAGGUUGUAGGUUUCAGCAUAAAAGUCCUUACUUUGUUAGAUUUACACAUUUUCCUUCUACUUUUACUUUUUUGAGCAAACAUCGUAUUAUAUAUUUAAUUUCAAUUUCCAUUUGUAAAUUGCAUGUGUGUGAAAUUACAGUGGAUUUUUGCACAUUGUACCCUGACACCUUGCAAAUUAUACUUUUUCUAGAAAUUUGUAUAGAUUGUUUUGAUUCUCUACAUACAUUAAUUUAUUAAAUUUUCUGUUUCUACUGUAACAGAUUACCACAAACUGAGGGCCUUGAAGGACCACAGAUUUAUUCUCCUAUGGUUCUGGAGGCGAGAUGUGUAAAAUGACCCAAAGCACUGUGCUCCUUCUGGAUAUUCCAGGGCAGAAUUUGUUUUCUUGCCUUUCUUGGAUGCCAGAAGCCACUUACCUUCUUUGUCUCAUGGUCCCCAUGUGUAUUCGCAUGACACUCUUUCAAUUAAUUCAUGAUGUUAUUCAGAUAUCUUCUUAUAUCACGUGGGCAUUUCCUGAACACGUUGUUUACAUUAGGACACCCUGUCACUCUCUCAUUGUACGUGUACACCUUCAUCGUACUUAACACUAUCAUAUCUGAUUUAAUUAUUGCUGACUUUCCCUUGUAGAAAAUAUAUGCUCCUUGAAGGCAGUGUAUUGAUUUUGUUUCCUGCUAGAUAUCCAGUGACUGGAAGCAUUCCCAACUGACAGGUGAGUGAAUGCGUUUAUCAGUGCAAAGAAAGUUUGUGUAAUGCAUCGGCUCAUAGGUCAGUAAGUCAAAUGGUCAGAUAAACAUGUAAUUAUGUUGCAUUUGUGGCCUCACAUUCUUUACUCCAUUAACAUUACACCUGAAUGUUCUGAACAUUUGUCAUAAAUUCUCACAGUAUGAUUUAUUCACACGUUGUGAAAUUUUCUCCCACAUGGGCUCAAAAGAUCUAACUCAUCAGUGGAGAGAUGUCUUCAUGAAGUAUUUUUCAUCCACAACAUUUUAAGUUUAGGAUUCUUUCAUUCGUGCUCCAUUCCACACCCGUGACAAAAUAAUAAUUCUGUUUCUCAGGUAGUAACUGAAAGAAGUAAGUUUAUCAUUCUCACCAAACAGGAAGUCCAGAGGGUGCCGUGGGCGGUGUGAUAGGUCCUCUGCCCCUUCUACCGCCGUGAGCACUUAAAGUCUUCAGUGUCUUCAUAGCAACCUGGCUGCGGGAUGACGAAGAAGGCUGAGAGGCAAAACCCUCUUCAAUUUUAGGUUUUGUCUCAUUUUCAUGGAAGAUUAUUAGCCAAUUGCAUUAAAUGGCCACUGUAAUUUUAAUAAUAUGAAAUUUCAAAUUUCACAUUUCCCUCUUGAAUAGAGAAAAAAAGUAAAGGGAAAAGGUGUCAGGGACACAUUAUAUCAAAAGACUUUCUUCUUUAUCGUGAUAGGGUAAUAUUCCAUGUAACACUGGGCUACUCUGAUGUUCAGAAUGUCAAGGAAAGUUUUUAGAGCCCUUGUGUUUUCUAACUCACAGAUUUCUUUCCUUUCUGCUGUGUCUGAUUCUAAACACACUUAAAUCAUUCUCCAGUUUUUUUUUUUUUUUCAGCUGUACCCUGCAGCUUGUGGGAUCUUAGUUCCCUGACCAGGGAUUGAACCGGUGCCCUCACAGUGAAAGUGCCAAGUCCUAACCUCUGGACUGCCAGAGAAUUCCCUCUCCAAUUGUGAUGUAGUUAUUCUGAUUCCAGUAUCAGGGUAAGAAGUAAAGGAAUCCAUUUUGAGAUGUUUUUUAUCCAUGCCAUCCUACCUGAAUGUGAGAAAUAUACAAAAGGCUUGUAGUUGGGAAAUACUCUAAUAUCACCUCCAAAUAUAUUUUAAUAUUAGACUCUAUAUAGUAAUAUAACUGCUAUAUCAUAACUCUGAGAUGUUAAAUAUUGGGGAAGGAACAUUAAAUAUUUUCCGUGAAGUACUAGAGGCUCAAAUAGGAUUUACUUGCUACUAUACAUAAAAUAGAUAAGCAACAAGGAUUUACCGUAUGGCAUAUAAAAUUACAUUCACUAACUUGGAAUAACCUACAAUGGAGAUUAAUCUGAAAAAAAUUUAUAUAACUGAAGCACUUUGUGGAACACCUGAAACUCAUACAAUAUUGUAAAUCAGCUA